AAUUUUGAAAGAAAAUCUUGUUUUAUUUUCGAAUCUGAACACAUCUGUACUGUAUAUCCUAUUCAUGAAGUAAAAUUUAACUAUAAAAGACAUUAGAAUAAAGUGUAUUCUGAAUAAUGUUAAAAUCUAAUGCAGCGCCAUCUGUGAAAUUUUAUCAGAAAAUAUGUAGAUUUUUAGUAGAUUUCUGAACGGUGUUGGUAGAUUUUUAGUAGAUUUCUGCGGCAAGUUUAGUAGAUUCACUAUAUUUCAACCUGGUCACGCUGGUUCUCAUGUACACUUUAGUGGUAAAAUUUUUCAAUGCAAGUCUCUACGAUGAGUGGAUCCUGAGAUAUAGCCGCUUACCUCGCUUAUUUGCCCAUCCUGUACGUACAAGUACAAGACCAUCAAGUCAUAAAAACUAACAAUUACAUUAUUUAAAUAUAUUGACUUCUAUGGUUGACAUUGAUGAAAACACGUGUUCUGUCCCAGACUAACAUUCUGGUUUCCAGUGUACCUCGUGUGUUUUGACAUUUGUAGUCAAGUAAGUUGAGUUAGAAUUGAAUUGAGAGUUUAUUAGCAUUUUAAAAAUGGAGUCAAAUAGUGAAUUAUACUCGAAAGUUGAUCUUGGUUAUUCCGAACCCUGUGAAAGCUGGAAGUUGUCCAGCAAGUUUUUUCCUAGUAAAAUUGGAGGAAAACCUGCUUGGCUGGAUUUAGAUGGUGUUCCUUCAGGAGAAGAUUUAUCCUGUACAAAAUGUGGAGAUCCUAUGACAUUUCUUUGCCAAAUAUAUGCGCCUUAUGAAGAAGACGAUCAUAAUUUCCACAGAACUCUUUUUAUUUUUGUAUGUCGAAAACCGGAGUGCCAUGAGAGGAACAAAUCUCAAAGUUUUCGAUUAAUAAGGUCGAAUUUGAAAAGGAAAAACAAAUUUUAUUCCUAUGAAGCUCCUGAAGAAGUUGAGGGUGAACACUCAUUGAAGACCUGGUUGAGCCUUUGUGAAGUUUGCGGCUGUGUUGGCACUAAAAAGUGUAGCAAGUGCCAUUUGGUUAAUUAUUGCAGUCGACAGCAUCAAAUCAUCGACUGGAAAGAAAACCACAAGAGUCUUUGUGGACAAGGCUCAAUCAGAUCUAAAAAAUAUUCGGCAAUUCUGUUUCCGGAAUCCAAAAUUAAUAUAGAUUUUGAGAUAUUGGAUUCUGAAGAAACAAAUGAAGAAGAAGAGAAGCAAAAAUAUAUUGAUCUCGUUAAUGCAGGCAAAUCUGGAGAAGAUGUUGAUGAAGAGGAACUCGCCCAGUAUAUAACUGAGGAUCCAGACAAAACCUUCACGAAAUUCCGAGAAGAAAUUGAUGGAUAUCCUGACCAAAUUUUACGAUAUGAAAGAGGUGGUGAGCCACUUUAUAUAUCUAAUGAAGAGGUACCAAAGGACAUUCCCAAUUGUGAGCAUUGCGGAGGCCCCAGGCAAUUUGAGUUCCAGAUUAUGCCUCAGAUGAUUAGUAUAAUCAAUGAGGCAAAUUUGGACUGGGGUAUUCUUCUAUGCUUCACAUGUAUAGCCAGUUGCGAUGGUGGGAGGUCAUAUAAAAAUGAAUAUAUAUAUAAACAAGAUGUUUCUUUAGUUGAUUUGAAAUGAUAACUAUAUAAAUAUAUUUAUAUAAUUAUCAUUUCAUAUGAACAGAAGAUACAUCUUGUUUUAAUAUAAAUUCUAAUGUUCCGUCCAAGAUUUCCCAUCUCUUGAUCAUUUGCAAAUCUGGAACAAUAGGAGAUGUUGAUGAAGGGGAACUCGCCCAGUAUAUAACUGAGGAUCCAGACAAAACCUUCACGAAAUUCCGAGAAGAAAUUGAUGGAUAUCCUGACCAAAUUUUACGAUAUGAAAGAGGUGGUAAGCCACUUUAUAUAUCUAAUGAAGAGGUACCAAAGGACAUUCCCAAUUAUGAGCAUUGGGGUGGCCCAGGCAAUUUGAGUUCCAGAAAUCAAUGAGUCAGUUUUGGGCAAGGGUAUUCUUCAAUGCUUCACAGGUAUAGCCAGUUGCGAUGGUGGGAGGCCAUAUAAAAAUUAAUAUAUAUAUAUAUAUAAACAAGAUGUUUCUUUAGUUGUAGUCUGUUCAAAUUGUGGACAUCCUAUGAAAAAGACAAUCACAAUUUCCACAGAACUCUUUUUAUUUUUGUAUGUCGAAAAUCGGAGUGCCAUGAGAGGAACAAAUCUCAAGGUUUUCGAUUAAUAAGGUCGAAUUUGAAAAGAAAAAACAAAUUUUAUUCCUAUGAAGCUCCUGAAGAAGUUGAAGGCGAACACUCAUUGAAGACCUGGUUGAGCCUUUGUGAAGUUUGCGGCUGUGUUGCCACUAAAAAGUGUAGCAAAGAAAACCACAAGCUUUGUGGACAAGGCUCAAUCAUGUCUAAUAAAACUUAUAUAGAGAAACAAAAGUACCUGUAUCUAGUAAAAGCAGGCAUAUCUGGAACAAUGGGAGAGGACAGAUGAAGAUUCAGAUAAUACAUUCACCAAAUUCUGUGAAAAAAUUAACGGCUAUCCUGAACAAAUUUUACGGUAUGAAAGAGGUGGUGUGCCACACUCUACAUUUCUGAUGAAGAGAUACCUAAGGACAUGGCAUGAGCAUUGCAGUGGCCCUGGGGUGUUCUUUUAUGCUCUACAUGCAUAGAAAGAUGAGGUGAUUGAGCGGACUAUAAAAAUGAAUUUGUAUUAAAACAAAAUAUUUCUUUAGUUGAUCCAAAAUGAUAAUUAUACAUAUAUAUAUUAUAAAAAAUUUUAAAUCUUAAUGUACAAAUUUAGUCGAUUCUCUCUUAUUAAGUCAUAGCUCUUGCUCCAUUCCAUAUUUGUUUCAGUUAGAAUAUUACAUGCAUGUUCUAAUCUUCCUCGUUUUAUCCUCUUCUAUAUUUUGGCUUCCUAUAUUUGCUUAUCAGGUGUUUCGAUGUUUUGUAAUUUCAAGAUUCAAGACGGAAUUUUGUUGAUUCAUUAACAUUUGGUUAAAAGAACUUGUUAAUUCAUAAUUUUUUUUAAUGCUUUCAUUCUCAGUAGAUAUAAUAAACCAAUUAAAACAACAGUUGUAUAUAUAAUGUAUAUAAUCUGAAAUCUUGAAGUAUAAUUUUGGCGUUUGAUCUUGUUUUAUUCAUAAUUAUUCUUUAAAAAAUUAUGUAAAUAUGUAUAUAUAUUUUGAUGAACUGGUUGAAAUAAAUGCAAUAUUUUAUUUUAA